AUGUCUGCCCAUUCUGCGAAGAGGAGAAAAAUCAGUCCCUCCCCAACCACUGAUGAAGGCCCGGCCCCCAAAAGCUUCAAGAAUGACCGCUCCGUAGCAGGAGCUUCAGGUCAACAGGGGAAGAGUUCGCGGUCAGCGGAAGUGGCGUUGGCCAGCGGAUUCUACAAGUCGAGCUUCUUCAAGCUGCAGUUGGACGAGCUACUCUCCGAUUCGAGACCAAAUUAUGACAAGCAGAUUUCGAAACUCCAAGAUAUCCUCCACAAGCUGAAGAAUGCCAUUGAAUCUCUCCCGGAAAGAUCGCCUAAACCGGCGCUCGAAGCGGAGAAGGAGCUGCGCAGCAAACACGGUAUCGCUGUUCCAUACCCCGACCCUCGUCCUGGAAAGGAUACGAAAUACACUGUGUCGUACAGUCCGCCCGUCAAUGUCAACGUCGUUGGGAGCUUUUCCCUGAGGAAUGGUGCUAAAGCAGCUGCGCCGUACACAAUCGACCUGGCCGUGACGAUGCCGAGCUCCCUCUUCCAGGAAAAAGACUAUGUCAAUUACCGCUACUUCCACAAGAGAGCAUACUACAUCGCUUGCCUUGCGGCCGGAAUCAAGGAAACGAAAGAUCUAGACGUUGGUGUCAAAUUUGGAUUCCAAGAUGGUGAUAGUCUUCGGCCGAUUAUCAUAUUGGAACCUAACGAUUCAGCAAGCAGCGGCGUGAAACACGCGAAAUCACAAAUCCGCGUUAUCACCGCGAUCAAGGAUGACCUGUUUCCCAUCACGCGAACUCUCCCAAUGAAAAACAACAUUCGCCAAGGUUCAAAGGACAAUCAAGAAGAUGGGCAGCCGACUCCCUAUUACAACGCCGCUCUUCGCUCAGAGGCUACUGUCGGACUUUUCCACAAGCUCUUGUAUUCGACUGCCAAGAACUGCGAGGCUUUCAGGGACGCUUGUAUACUCGGUCGGACAUGGCUUCGCCAGCGCGGAUUUACGUCGUCAUUCCAAUCUGGCGGAUUUGGAGGAUUUGAAUGGGCCGCACUCAUGUCCCUCCUCUUUGAGGGUGGAGGCCCCAACGGUAAACCGGUCCUUCUAAAGUCAUACAGCAGCUAUCAGCUCUUCAAAGCCACCAUGCAAUUUCUUGCGGGAAGGGAUCUCAGGACUCCGUUGUUGCUUUCUGCAAAGGAUAUUACUUUCCCCGAUGGCACACCUGUCCUCUACGAUGGCAAGAGAGGCUUGAACGUUCUUUACAAAAUGACCCCUUGGUCAUAUACGUUCCUCCAACAUGAAGCCGGAAUAACUCUCAAAAUGCUGAACGAGUCUCGAGACGACCAUUUCGAAAAGGUCUUCAUCUUGAAAGUGAACGAACCCAUGCUUCGCUUUGACAGGCUUGUCGAGCUUCCAGUGACAGACAAUGGAAAUACGCUCCAGGCCCUUCGAAACCAGAACUCUGUCUACGAGGUGCUUGGUAGAGCUCUGGGAGAUAGAGCCGAGCUCAUAUACAUUUCUGGCCAGUCUCCCAGACCCUGGCCCCUGGACGCAAAGCCUUCGCGAAGUAAGACCCAUGCAUCUAUAUCCGUGGGGCUCAUCUUGAAUUCGGAACAUGCUAUGCGCGUCGUCGACCAUGGUCCAUCCGCAGAGGAGAAGGAGGAAGCGGCGUCUUUCCGGACGUUUUGGGGUGAGAAAGCCGAAUUGAGGCGUUUCAAGGAUGGUAGCAUCCGAGAGAGUCUUGUUUGGUCCGACCAGCCUUCCUCGCCCUCCAUAGUGUACCAGAUCGUGGUAUACAUUCUGAACCGGCAUUUCAAUUAUGUUGAAGAAGACGUCAAAUACGUCGGCGACGAAUACGACGAUCAGUUGAGGACAUGCGGCCAUGGCGUGGUGUCAUACUCCAGUCCUGCAUUUCAACUAAUCGGAGACGCUUUCAAUUCACUGGAAAAGUCCGUCCAUGCCAUGGAUGAUGUCCCCCUUACUAUCAGACAUCUGGCUCCUGCCAGCCCGUCCCUUCGGUAUACUUCCCUCCAUGUCCAGAACGGCUCGACCGUCACACGUAGCCCAGUGGAUGUCGUGCUCCAGUUUGAAAGCUCGGCGCGGUGGCCCGAUGACCUGACAGCCAUCCAGAUGACCAAGGUGGCUUUCCUUGUCAAGAUUGGCGAUUCCCUGACAUCAUCCGGUGUCGCUUCUACAUGCAAAGUCGGGCUGGAGAACGAAUCCAGCCAAAUCCUCAAUAACGCCUUCCUGGAUAUCGUCCAUGAGUCCGGCGUCAUCUUCCGUUUGAGAAUUCAUCAUGAACGGGAACAGACAUUGCUGGAGCGCCAGUUGAAGGAGAAGGGAGCGAGCCCACAGGCCAAACAAGAAAUCGCUUUCGCGUUAUCUGCCUAUAAGCGGCUUUUCAACCAAUCCACUCGCCUGACACAAGCGAUCCGCACAUUGUGCACGCGCUUUCCUCUCCUCUCGCCGACCAUUCGUCUCGUCAAGCAUUGGUUCAACUGCCAUCUUUUCACCGGUUAUAUCAACGAGGAAGUGAUCGAGCUCUUGGUGGCACGGGCCUUCACCCAGCCUUUCCCGUGGGAGAGCCCCUCGAGUGUGAUGGCCGGCUUUUUAAGAACCAUCCACUUCCUUUCACGAUGGGACUGGCAGCAAGAGCCCUUGAUGGUCGAUCUGGGCGGGGAACUGACGCCGGAAGUCAUUGAGACCAUUCGCACUCGUUUCUCUGCCUGGAGAAAUAUCGACCCGGCCAUGAACAGUCUUGCCCUCUUUGUCGCCUCCGAUAUCGACCACGACGGCGUGACAUGGACGCAAUACGAGAUGCCACCGAAGGUUGUGGCUGCUCGGAUGUCUAGCCUUGCCAAGGCAGCGGUGAAGCUGCUGCGGGAGAAGGGAUAUGCCCUCGAUAUCUCAGAGUUGUUCCAGACGUCUCUGGAGCCUUAUGAUUUUAUCAUCACUCUGCGCAGCAAGGUAUUGGACGGCCGCUCAGCAUCAUCGACGAAAUUCAAGAACCUGAACCCAGCCCUGGGAGACCCUGCCUCCAACUCGACUGUCGUGAAGUCCUUCAUCCGUGAUCUGCAAGCCUGCUUCAACCCGAACAUUCUUUUCUUCCAUGGAGACGAGUAUAGCGAUGUGAUUGCGGGACUUUGGAACCCGCAAACCACAAAACCGAAGGGUUGGAGCCUGAAGACCGCUUAUUCGACGAUUCCGAGCGUGCUCGAGGAUGCAGAGGCGGAGCAUGGUCAGGUCUCCAUAAAUCGUGAUGCUAUCCUGAAUGAAAUCUCCCGGCUGGGCGCAGGCUUAGUGGACAAUAGAGCUUUCGGACCAAACACGUGA